UGUGGCUCUUUUGUGCCCCAGGGCCAGGGCUGAGGAGCCCGGAGCCAGCUCCCAUCCCAGCAGCGUGGGCCUCAAUAAGAAUAUAGUGUACAACCAAGAGCAUAUCAUGGAGCAUCUAGAAGGUGUCAUCAAUGAACCAGAGGUGGAAAUGUCCCCACAAGAACUGCAGCUCCACUAUUUCAAAAUGCAUGAUUAUGAUGGCAAUAAUUUGCUUGACAGCCUAGAACUCUCCACAGCCAUCACUCAUGUCCAUGAGGAGAAUGGGAAUGAACAGCCACCACCAGUGAGGGAAGCUGAACUGAUUAACUUAACAGAUGGUGUUUUAAGAGAUGAUGAUAAGAACAAUGAUGGAUACAUCGACUAUGCUGAAUUUGCAAAGUCACUGCAAUAGACAUUUGGCCAUGUCCUAGUUACUUGCAAAUGUAACCUGUUAUAAUGUGACUGAACACUUUCGGUAAUGCAAAGUAAUUCAUUUCCAACUACUGCUACAGUAUUUUGAGUAAAACCUAUAGUUUGUUACACUGGGGUGAGAAAAGGAAAUGAAGAGAAAUAAAAGAGAAAUGGGACAUAUUGCAGUCCCCAAGUACUGUUGAAUCUCUUACUAUAUGAGGGCCUGAUUAAACAAUCCUUUUGAGAACACUGGAUAAUUGGAGCUGUGUG